UCUUAUUUCGUGAUCCCAUGAGUAUAAAAGAAAUUAUUUCCGCUGUGACUUAAAGAAUGCUGCGGGAAAUGGGGUUGGAGGAAAGUCAGAAUAUAAAGAAUUUAAGUGAAAAGGCAGCUCUUUCAAAUUUACUGUUUAUACGCUUUUGCUAACAUGAAAUUCGUCAUCUUAUUCCCACUGUGUUUCUGGAUCGUACUUAUUGAUGGUAAACCAAAGGGGUAUUACGGUGGGAAAGGAGUCGCGAAAUUGAUGGAAAUGGCAAAUCAGGCUGGCUUUCUCCAUUACACAAUCCAUAGCUAUGAUUUUAAUCCAUUCGUAUCAUGGGCCAAGUAUGUAGAAAGUAUCCAAGAUAGAGACGACAUAGGUAUCUUAAAAGGCAUAAGCCGUAAAGAAAUUGAUGAAAUAUUUGGAAGUAGCAAAGAUGAGAAAUCUUUAAAAAUCAUACAUUAUUUUGUCAUUUCUUUUGAAGUCCAUGCUUCAGAUAUGUUUACAGUAAAUGGUUCUGAAUGGAUUCUCCGCAGUAAUAAAAAAAAAAUUGAUCUUCAAAAUAAUGUGGAUGAAAUUGUUACUGCGCAAAACCCUACUCUAGAGAUGAAAGGAGCAGAAAAAUUUACUAUCCAGUUCGACUUGGGUCCCCAACAAGAUACGGAGAAACUACGCAGUACUGCAUACUACUUUCAAAACCCAGAUAAUAAAGAAACUCAAUUUGAAGUUAUGUUAUUGAAUCCCGCACUUCACGUAUACGUGAAAGACUCUGUUCAGAGUAUGAAAUACAGAAUUAUAAUGUAUAUUCUGGAAAAGGAUGAAAUGCUGUUUCCUGGAGCCUCGACUGAUCUCAAAAAUAGUAAAGUGAUUCCUGUGCUCACAGAAAUAACACAUGAAAUCUUGAAAGAAACUAGAAAUCUGUAUACAGAAAGUGCAGUAGAAGUAUUGCACUCCUAUGAGGACAUAGCCAUCAGCUUGCAAGAUUAUCGUUUUUAUGAUUUUUUGAGAAAUUGGAUCACAAAAGAGGAUGAUAAUUAUGUGGAAAUCUCUUUACACGGAGCAGUUAAACAAGCUGUUCUUGAUCCAGAUUCCAUUCUCAGAUUUACUUCGUCGAAACUUAUACCGCAUGAUAUACAUGAAACAGAGGCACCUGCACCUCAUAGAUACUUCAACGUAGAUAGAGAGAUAUUUCCUUUACGUUUAGGAAACACCACAGCUCCACCAGGACAUCUGGAGUCCAAAGUUCCAUCAAUGUUGAAACAUCUGGAAAAAAACCGUAUAAAUGAAAAGAAGUUCGAAAAUCUUCGACAAUGGUUGCUUAAUGAAAUUAAGGCAGAUUUUGAGUCAUAUCCAGGUAGGAAUACCAAAGUUGAAUUUAAAAAACUGGAUCAUCAUUUCAGUGUGCGGACUAAGUACCACAUAGAUUCAGCUUUCAAAGAUAUUGUUAUUCAGACAUCAACACCUGGAGUAGAGAUAAAACGAAAAUGCAUUAAAUUGACAUCUGCAGAUGCUUGUGAGGAAGAUCAUUAAAUUGUGAAAAAAGGAUAGAAAAGAACAACAGGAUCUUCAAUCAUCAUGUAACAUAAAAUAAAGAAAAGAAAUAUAUUAAUGAAAUAAAAGCCUUAUAAUUUUUUAUUUUACAAUGAAAGUAAACUACAAAGAAAAUAUAUUUAGCAAUACAUAUCAAAAUAUGCAGAAGUACCAGAAUUCAAAAUAAGUCAUCUUGUAUUCUUUGGAUAACUAAAUGAGAAACUAAGCUCUAGGGCAUGCAAAAGUUAUUUUAAUAAAAGGAAACAAUUUUGAAAAUUUCAAAAUAAGUACAUCAUUUUACAUUACAUUACAUUUUUUUUUUUUCAUUAUCACAAUAUACAAAUGUUGAUUAUAAUG